CGCAAGCGUAGCUUCUCAACCUGUUGUCAAAAUCGUGUCAAUGUGUCGGGUAGCCUUGUUCUGGGCAAUUCUAUUAGCCUUGUGGGGGGACUGCUGCCACUGGGCCAAGCCCUUCACGCAGUGGACAGAGCACGUGUACGGCAAAGUCGCGGGCGAUGGCGUCGAGUAUUCGUCCUUUCAAGUGGAGAAAGGGGUGUCGGAGGUCCAAGUGACGUUUUCACGCAGCGACUUGCGAGGUCGUGUGGUCGCCCCCAUGUUGUACGGCAAACUCGGGUCCAUUCCAACGUUAACGUCAUACGACUGGAACUUCAACGGGACAUUGGACAGCUUUUGGUUCACUGAGAGCAUUCCAAACUUGAAGACGGGGACGUAUUAUAUUGCGCUGUGGGGGGGCGACCUGCCAGGCACGAUCAACAACUUUGGCAUUGGCAACAGCACCAACGUGUGGUACUACUUGGACUUUACCUCGAUUGGGUGCCUCGACCCCGACAAAGCUGGCUACAGUUGCAAUAUCCAAGUGGCGUCGACGGCCCAGCGAGUAGCCACUGCGUAUCCAUCACAAAGUGUGGUCAACACCACAGCCAAGCAAGGUGUUCCCAUCACCGGAUGCAUGGAUUACAUCUCCAACUUGCAAUUCUUCUCCAUUGAAAUCACGAGCCCUCAAUUCAGUCUCGUCACCACGUUGAGCAUUCCUCAAACAUUCGCACGAAACGAUGUGUUCUACUGGGCCCUGUACGACAGCCCCGCGAACCCCCUCGAUCCAGCGGCUAUUCCCCUCAUUGAUGGCGCCGGGUACUUGACGGACGGGAACGCCACACUCAAGCAAGACGUACCUACUCUCGGAACAUACUGGAUGUUGGUGUACAUGGAUGCCCCGCCCAAGACAUCGCGAUGUUUUCGGUCCACUGGCGUCGCUUUCACGUUGGCAUGGCAGGCGGAAUCGUGCUCGUUAACCCCCCGCGCGGACAUGUGCCAUACAAGUUGGCUGCGUAUGAACGAAGCGCGCAGCGACCCGAGUCGCAACCAGAGCGUAUUGGACUCGUGGUUUCUCGCAGAUUCGCCAGUGCUUAUUGACGUUGGAUCGUUUGCAUAUGCCGCGGGCUACACUGUACACAUCCGUGAUAACUAUGCUGGAUCCAACUUGAUCAUGCACCUUGUCACUACGUCAACGACCACCAUCAACUUAGCCAACGUGACGCUCUUGAUUCGAGCCGACGGGCUUCCAACCGACGCGAUCUACGACUACAAGUUGUCUGGGCAACAUGCCAUGGAACUUUCAGCCAGACGCGCCAAGACAUUUCUAGACUUCAACGAAAACGCCCUCCGCGAGCGAAUGAAGGAGCCUGUGACACCGCUGGUCACGGUGGCAUGGCCGAUGCUCCGAUUUCCAAAAGUGGGGAAGUGGAAUGUCGUGGUUCGGUCCAGUCCAACCCAAUCAUGGAAACACAUGCUGGUUCUGCAAAGCUCGCCGUGCCCCGUUGGCAUGUGUGGCGACCACGGGGCGUGCGAAGUGUCGACGACGUACCAAGGGCUUGUACUUGGCACAUGUCAGUGCAUCUACGGCUACGCUGGGGACUACUGCGACCACUUGUACUUGGAGAAUUACGCAGCACAGUCGUACUUUUUGAUUCUGUCCAACUUUGCCAUCUUGCCUGCGGCUAUCGUGUCGUUCCAGCGAUCUUUCUAUGUCGAAGCGUUUAUGUUUCUGUCGCUGGGGGUACUAUCCAGCCUCUACCACGCGUGCGACAUCAAUUGGGUGUGCGUAGUGCAAUAUACAUAUCUCCAGAAAUUGGACUUCAUUUUCUCGUUCAACUCGAUCCUGCUCUGCCUUUUUCACCUCUCCGGUGUGCGUCCGAAACGAAAGGCCAUCAUGCAAUUCGUGGGGCUAACCCUACUGGUCAUCUUGAUCGCGAUCGACCCUACCACCAUGACCAAUUGGCUCAUCAUUGGUGGCCUCGGCGGCGGUCAGCUUGUCAUUGCGUGGACAACUUAUGUACACACGCCAUGUAUUCAUGCAGCAAUUGUUUUACAUUUGUGGCCAUAGAUCGUCUUGGCUCGCGUUGUGAUGGGCCGAAGUACCAAAGUUCGACGGUAAGUAUCUCCGCUUUCGUAGGUGGCUCACAGGUCGCUCUUGAUCUAGCAUACUUUACUCGUUUUUCUUCUUGAGUGGAAAUUUCCACGUUCCGCUCUUGGUCCUCGGGGUGUUGCUUUGGGCCGCGGGGCUCAUUUGUUGGUUUCUAAACCGAGGGCCGUCGUACUGGCUGGAGCACUCGUUGUGGCACAUAUUUGCCAUGACUGCAGCUGGCACCCUCAUGGCUUGCCGAAAGAGUUCGUGGUACAAAAUCCUAGACGACAACGGCAUCGACGCCCUGCCACGAGUCCACUCCCCCAUCUCCAAGCGUCCGUUCUUUGGCACGAACGAAGAACUCAAGACAGGUGGAAACUGUGUGUUGGCCGUUACUGUUAUACCAGCCCCGUCGACACCAUUGCAAAAUCGUAGCCUCAGUCUUGACCUGGGCGAGUUGCCACAAAUCGGUGAAUGAUCAUCUUUCAGACUGCCACGUCACCGUCUUCGCCUAUCUAACAUAGUAUUACUGUAGUAAAUUCCACGUAGAAAUCGUAUUGUAAACUAAUUCUCAC